AUGCGGUCCAUCCUCAUCAUCAACCCAAACUCGACCGAGCAAAUGACAAACGGCCUAAAGCCUCUUGUCGAUGCGCUGCAGUUCAAAGACACGGCCCACGAAUACUUUACCGCGCCCUCUGGCCCCAAAAGCAUCAACAAUGAAGACGAUGCCGCCGAAUCCGUACAACACUGCCUCCCAGCCCUACGCAAAGACCUCGACCGCUACCACGGCUUCCUCGUAGCAUGUUACUCGCAACAUCCGCUAGUCCCGCUCCUCAAGGACGAAGCCGCCGUGCAAAAGUCACGCAAACCCGUCACGGGCAUCUUCGAAGCUAGCGUCAGCACUGCACUGCAAAUCAUGCACCCGGACGAAAAGUUCGGCAUCGUAAGCACUGGAAAAGUGUGGGAAACGAUUCUCACCGACGCGACGACUGCUUUUCUAGGCAUGGGCUUCGAAGCUAGUAAAAGGUUUGCGGGGGUCGAAACGACGGGGUUGAAUGCUACGGAUUUGCAUGAUGCGCCUGCUGACGAGGUGCGGAGGCGGAUGAAGGAUGCUGUUAAGAGGCUUUUGAACAAGGGAAAGGUUGGCGCUAUCUGUUUGGGUUGUGCCGGUAUGUCUGGGAUGGAUGAGAUGGUUAGGGAGGCUUGUGUGGAGGAGUUGGGGGAUGUGGAGGGUAGUAGGGUGAGAGUUGUGGAUGGAGUUAUGGCUGGUGUGGCGUGGUUGGAAGGUGCGAUUCGCGCUGGGUUUUAG